UUGUUUACGCGUGUAAGCUCCAAAUUUUGACUAUAUAUAGGUUUGGUUAUCAUACGUUAUUUCCUAAUGUUCUCUCUCUCUGUCUCUCUUCUCUUUCUCUGAGAAGCCGUAUCAGAACAUAACGAAACAAACACAGGCCAUGGAUGUACAAGAUACCCCUAAAACAUCCUCAAAGAAGAGAUCACGGCCGGCAUUUCAAAGCUCGGUAAGUGUAUAUGCUGCGCAAUGUGACAAUUGCCGGAAAUGGAGAGUGGUUAGCUCACAAGAAGAGUUUGAAGAAAUCAGAAGCAAAAUCGAAGAGGAACCAUUCAUUUGCAGCAGAAAACCCCAAGUUACUUGUGAUGACCCUGCUGAUAUAGAGUAUGAUGCCACAAGAACAUGGGUUAUUGACAAACCUAACCUUCCAAAAACACCAACUGGUUUCAGGAGAAGUUUAGUGCUUAGAAGAGACUACUCCAAAAUCGAUGUUUACUACAUUACUCCCUUGGGUAAGAAAGUGAGAACUAAGAACGAAGUAGCAGCUUUUCUCAAGGCGAAUCCUGCUUAUGAAGGUACUGUUUCUCCUGAAGAAUUUUCCUUUACAAUACCAAAGAUAAUGGAAGACACAAUUCCUGAUGAUAUUCUUCUUAAGAAGAGCUCAGAGAGUGGUAGUAACAAAAAGAAGCUUAAGACAAUGAGAACAGAAGGUCAAGAGUGAGUCCAAGUUUAGGUGAAAUGAACUUAAUUUGGGUGGCAUUGUGUUGUGAUUUUCUUUAUUCUUUUCUUUCUUGCUUACAAUAAGAAACUAGCAAUAGAACAAAUUCAGUAGAUUGAAAAAACCAAAAUAUACCAAAAUAUAUAGUCCAACUUUUUCCAUCCA